CCCAAAGUCAACCCGAAUCCUCCAUGUAGGCACCCUUUUGUCAGACACGGUCGAAAGUCUAGCCGGCGGUAUGGAUGUUGACCUCAUUCAUAUUUGCUUCUCGGCGCGGAUGUGACAAACAAAUAUAAGCCGCAUGGAUCACGAGGGAAACAAAGAGUUCAGCUAUUUGGAGUGUACCAUAGGAAGUUUCCAGGUUACUCUUCAACAGAGACUUUGUACCCAACUCCUCUUCCACUUUCCACCCCACGUGAGUCAAACGACGACAACAUGGCCUCCACAGACUCCCUCCAAUCAGCAGACUACAUCAUCGUCGGUGGUGGAACCGCCGGACUCGUCGUCGCGGCUCGUCUAUCCGAGUAUUCCAAUGCCAAAGUACUCCUCCUUGAGAGCGGCCCCGACCGCACCACAGACCCCAAAGUUCAAGAUCCUGAUGCCUGGAGGGAUCUCGGCGGAUCCGAGCUUGACUGGAAAGUGAAAAUCGGACCCCAAGCCAACCUGAACGAUCGCGAGCUUGACCACCCAGCGGGACGAGUUCUGGGCGGAUCCUCUGCCAUCAAUGGAAUGGCAUAUGUUGCCCCAUCGCCUGCCGGAAUCGACGCAUGGGCUAAACUCGGCAAUCCAGACUGGACCUGGAAAUCGCUGUUACCAUACCUGCAAAAGAGCUAUACCGUGACCGCGCCAGAAUCGCACCCCGAUCUGAAAGAAACCCAGCGCAUUCCAUCGACAGGACCUGUACAGUUGACAUUCCCUGCUCUUGCUGACCCCGGUAGCAAGCCUCUACUGGAUGCGUGGAAUGAGGCUCUCGCAGCUCAGGGGUACGAUCUUAAUACCGACAUUCUUGCAGAGAAGAACUCUCUCGGACCUCGUCCUUAUGCCGCCACUAUUGACCCCAUCUCGGGUCUGCGCAGCGGCGCGGAUCGUGGAUAUGGACCUAUGACGAUCGGGCGUCCCAACGUGCGCAUCAUCACAGAUGCGACGGUCCGUCGGAUUCGGUUCGACUCAAAUGGUCCCAACUUGACUGCGAACGGAGUUGAAUACAUCCACAACGGGCAACUCGUCACGGCCCAAGCUUCGAAAGAGGUCAUUCUCGCAGCUGGCGCGCUCCAUACACCCAAGCUUCUUGAGCUAUCUGGCAUUGGCCAGAAAGAGCGACUGGAGAACCUCGGCAUUCCUGUUAUCCUCAAUCUACCCGGGGUAGGAGAAAAUCUCCAGAAUCACCUGCUACGCCCAAUCAUUGCUCCACUCAAAGAACAUCCAGGUUUGCACAAUGUCUCACCCGGAUUGAAGAGUCUUGCCAUGACUAGACUGGACUCCGAGGAACAAAGCCUGCUUCUUUCUACAAACGAAGGUGACUUUGACAACCGCGUCAACCAGAUGAUUCGCUCAAUUAUCUCCAGCCCUACUGAGGCCACAGCUUCGAUCUUCCUGGGUGCUGUGGCGCCGAGUGUGGCUAUAAUAGUACCAAUCAUAAGCUUCCCGUUGUCCCGCGGGAGCUGCCAUCUCUCCUCUACUGAUCCUGAUGCACUGCCAGCAGUCGAUGGAGGAUUAGCCAGCAAAGAAUUUGAUCGGGAGAUACUCGCCAGGCACGUGCGGAACUGCUACGAGCUGAUCAACUCUCCCGGUCUGGGCUCUAUCUUUGAGCCAAACGCUGCAGACUUGGAUAUCGAGUCUAUCAAGAAAGACUUACGGGAUACAGCAUCGUCGGCACACCAUGCCUGUGGAACCGCCGCUAUGCUCCCUAAGGAUGAGGGAGGUGUGGUCAAUCAGAAUUUGACAGUCUACGGGACGGAGAAUUUGCGCAUCGUUGAUGCCAGUGUGUUCCCAUUGAUUCCUCACGCCAAUCCCUUGGCCACGGUCUACGCAGUGGCCGAGCGUGCCGCUGAUCUGAUUCGCGGUGCUACUCAUUAAACAGAUCAGGACUUACACGAGAUACUACUCGUCUUGGGAGGGAUGAGAUCUAGCUCAGCAAUGGGACUAAUAAUACUAAACAUAUUCUAUUCCUAACAUGCAGCCUAUGUCUGAGUCGUUAAAGAUGUAAUUGCACGACCGAACAUCGCUUUCAAGCUCGACAAAGC